UUAUAAAAGCCGGCUCCCCGUCGAACAUCCAGUCGGAGUGGACGCGGAUUUCGAAGCUCCCUCCGCCAGGCCCACGUUCGCGAGGACCGCCACGCCGCUCCCGUCCGGCAGGGAUGACGUUGAGUUCCAUAAAGUCUUUCACGCUGGAGCUGGAUGGUCCGGCUGAUGCAGCGUUCACCGGCGGGGAGGAGGUGUCUGGCCAGGUGGUGCUGGAGCUCCGCAGGGAGACUCGAGUGCACUCCAUGAAGGUGCAGGGUAGAGGGGUGGCCACGACACACUGGCUGGAGAACCGUGGCAUGAACUCCGUCUAUAACGACUACACCUCCAAGAUCACUUACUUCAGGAAGAGGCAGCAUCUGAUCCGAGAUAACGGUGAAGUAACAGUCCUUCCUGCUGGCAGACAUGAAUUUCCAUUCAGCUUCCAGCUACCAGAGGAGACACUGGUUACCUCCUUCGAGGGGAAACAUGGCAGCAUCCGCUACUGGGUCAAAGUUAAGCUACACAGGCCGUGGGCCACCGUCAAGAAGCUCAAGAAGGAGUUUACAGUCAUCGAGCCCAUCGACAUCAACACACCGGCCUUACUGGCGCCACAGGCUGGAACGAAGGACAAGAUGGCACGGGCUUGGUAUCGCAACUUUGGACAGGUGUCUGUAACGGCAAAAAUCGACCGCAAAGGCUACACACCAGGUGAGGUGAUACCCGUCUUUGCGGAGUUCGACAACUCUACCUCCAGAUCAAUUGUGCCCAAAGCCUACAUCACUCAGACCCAGACGUUCAUUGCCCGCGGCACCAUGAAACAGAAGCGCUCCGUGGUGGCCACACUGUGUGGUGACAUCGUGGGCGCCAGAAGCCGGGAGACUUGGCACGGUCGCGCCAUCAAAAUCCCACCCGUGGGCCCCUCCAUCCUGCAGUGCCGCAUCAUCAAAGUGGAGUACAUGCUCAAGGUGUGUGUUGAUGUUCCUGGAACAUCAAAGCUGUGUCUGCUGCUGUGGUCAUGGUGCAUCACCAUCCAUCCCAUCAUCCCAGGCCGGACAGUGUCAGUCAGCAGCCAGUUUUUAAGAGUUUUAACUGCAGUGAUGACUCAGCAGCUUAACGUUUGGACCUCUACUGUUCUGUUGAGUCAGACCAGUGGACUAAUCCUGCCUCUUUUCCCCACAGCUCCUCCAGAUUACAGCUCUGUGGUGACAGAGGAGGAGGCCGAGCAGUGCAACAACACGGUGGCCCCACAGCCGGCUGAGGACCUGAGUGGGAUCCUGGAGCGUCCCCUCAUGGCUUUUGUCCAAGAGUUUCGCUUCCGACCUCCGCCGGUGUACAGCGAGAUUGACCCCAACCCUCAGCCCUUCAACAUGAGACCUCGAUGCAUGACGUGUUGAACCAUGAGCCCUGCCUGAGAGUCAAGCGACUAAAAUUAAUGAAAAGAAUCAAGAGAUUUGUCUUCUCCUGGAUUACUUCUCUCUGAUAAAUGGCACCUGUUCCCACCAAGUGUUGUGGAGAGGGACUGGAGCGCCACAGAGAGGUCAGGAGAGAAGAAGGAGCUCACAGGAACGUGGUGUCAGUGGAGGAGCUGCCACUUCGUUUCCAGUCCAUAAAGUAAAGUGGACGCUUUCCUGUUCUGUUGAGAGGGAAGCAACUUCUCUACAUCAGUUCCUGUCCUCCCCAAGUGAUUUUUGGCUCCUGAUGAAGCGAGCUGCAAAUACCUCCCAAUCAACGAUUCCCUCGCGUGAAGAGAUUUUUGAGAUUUAAGGAGUUUGGGACAUAAUGGUGGGGGAGGGGUCACUUAUUUGUGCAACUCCAGAGAGUUGGAGUUGCAACUGGCGUUCAGAUGUUUGGAAAAAAAAAUCGCUCUUGAUAAGAUGACAUGAUUAGAAGUACAUUGUCAUCUUUGAGUGGCGUAAAGAAACUUAUUGCCUUCAAUUUCCAACUCUCCUUUGCCAGGCAACACAGUAGAUUUUAACAACCUACAUUGCUAUGCAUUGUGUGACUCAACGGCCGUGUGCCUGUGAUGAUUUCUACUGUUACUUAAGCACAUACUGUAUGUGAAGGUGUGAUGGUGGAGCAGACAAGUCAAAUAAGCAGAUAUAGAUGUAUUUUAUGCAUGCAGGUAACAAUAUGCAAAAGGGAAAACUACGUAUGCCUUAAUUAUCUGCAGUGGAAGAUCCGAUGAGAGUUUCAGGGAGUCGUUCUCUCAUAGAUUUGAAUAGAGCUGAAUGUAUUCUGAAAGAAUUUAGAGAGAAAACAGUUGGAGUGUAUGUGGAUGAAUUCCGAGAGUUGUUUUUUAAUGCAAGGCUUAAGGGGCUGAAGUGUCAGAUAGCUGUGGUUGUUGAUUUUAGUACAGUUAUAAAAUAGGAUGGGCGGUUUGUCUAUAAAGCUGCACGAGGCUCAUAGAUUAGCUCUCCCAGCUGCUAAACAAAAGGAGGAGGAGGAGGAGGAGAUGGAGACCUCUGAGCCAUGUGGUCUGAAGCUUUUGAUGGGAGCCAGAUGCCUCGGUGCUGUGGGGCACGUUGUGAAGCUCAGCCAGAGCACACCGCUCAGCAUUCAAGUCGAGCCUUAAGCUGGAGAUGCCACUGAAAUGUAUGGACAAAGAACAUUCCAAAAACUAAGUCGAGGAUUAUGUUUUCUCCUCAACUUCCAAAAAAACUGGUCUUCAGGGUCAGCAGUGCAACUUCCUUGGCACGCACUGAAAAACCGAAUGUAUUUUUAUACAAAUGCAACUGUUGAUUCACAAUCUUGCCAAAGUUUUGUAAUUGUUUUUUCUAAUAAAAAAGCUUAAAUGGA